CCCUGCGGCAGCUUGCAGCAAACACCGCGACGGCCGGCCCCUGCGCAAAACUCGGGGCCCAGGGCGGGCGCCCCGAUGGGGCUCGCUUGGCCGGCCGCGUCCGCGCCCCGGCGCGCCCGCGGGGCCGCGCCCCUGCUGGGCGCGCUCUGCGCCGCCGCGGCCACGCGUGCGCUCGGCUCGCUCCUGGGCGCCUCCGCGGGGCCCACGGCGAGCGUGGGCGAGGCUUUGAGGAGGAGACUCUCUGGAGCUUCGCUGGCGAGGCUGACCUCGGCCACGGACGUCCACCCCGAGACGCCCCCGUCCACGAGGAUCAUCAGGGGCUAUCUGUCCAAGAGCCUCUUCUUUCGGUCCCUUGGCAAAGAAGAGAUGGCGCUGGUCAUCCGUGCGAUGAGGUCCCGGGUGGUCCAGCCAUGCGAGAGUAUCAUCACGAUGGGGGCGAAGGGAGAUUCCAUGUUUUUGGUUGUCUCGGGCGCCUUCGACUGUAUGGUCCCCAUCAACGGGACAGACGCCGUCGUCAAGACGGUGCGCGCUGGCGACAUCGUUGGCGAGCUCGCCAUCCUCUACGACAGGCCGAGGGCCGCGAGCGUGGUGUGCCGGAAGAGGGCCAUGGUGUUGGAGUUGGAUGGUAACGUUUUUUUGGAGGUCGUGAAGCGGUCACCGAAGCAAUGGAAGAUGGUGGUGCGCACGAUCUUCGAUUUUUUCGAUUCGGACAAGAGUGGGCAGAUCGACAAGGAGGAGGUGCGCUUGGCCAUGCGCUCGCUGGGCGCGACACUUUCAGAGAAGGAGCUUGCCGACUUCAUGAAACGGCACGACACAGACGGCAAUGGCGAGAUCGAUCUGUUGGAGUUUUCGAAUAUGCUUGACGAAUUACCAUCUCGGCAUGCACGUCCAGGUGACACCGCAACUUCCAAACAUGUUAUCUAG